AUGCCAUCAUCGCGCGAAACUCUCCUAAAACAAGCUAAAAAGCUCCGCUUCUGGCAAAACGUCCUCUCCUGGGUAGACCGCUACCUCUGCUGGCCCCUUCCCCCAAACCCCAGUCUAGAGUUAACAAUUCCAACAACAGUCAGCAAAACCUCCGGCUCAAUAAAACUCUACUUCUACACAGCCCAAAAUCAAAAACCAACCUCAACCUUCUCCCAAACCCACGAAAUCGAUGCACCGCGCCGUCCAGUCCUCAUAAACUUCCACGGAGGCGGCUUCUCAAUCGGCCAUGCAAUCGACAACGCACGCUGGGCUCACGCCGUCACAAAAACCCACCCAGACUGCGUCUUCAUCAGCGUAAACUACAGGCUUGCACCGGAACACCCAUUUCCCAUCCCCAUCGAAGACGGCGUCGACGCCGUACUGUGGUUAUGGGAUCAUGCAGAUAAAUACAAUCUCGACCGCGACCGCUUUGUGCUUUGCGGCGAUAGUGCGGGUGGGAACCUUUGUUUUACGGUUCCGCUGCGUUUACAUGAAGAGCUUGAGAUUCGUGGACGUCUAGAAACCAAAAGUGAGAUCAAACUUGCAGGUUCGUUGGCGUUUUAUCCUACUGUGGAUUGGACGCGUUCGCGGUCGGAACGGGAUGCUACGAAUCCUAUUGCGGCGGAGCGGUCGUUGAUUCCACCGAAGGUUUUUACGUUCUUUGAUGAGUCGUAUCUUGUUCGGGAGAACUUGCCUAAGAAGGAGGGUGGAAGUGUUGACUGGGCGCAUCCGUAUUUGUCGCCUGCGUUGGCGCCGGCGAAUGUGUUACUUCCAGCGCUCCCACCUUCUGUGUCUAUCUAUACGUGUGGAUGGGAUCAAUUGCUUGUUGAGGGGGAUGCGUUGAGGGAGAGGAUUUGUAAGUUUGUGGAUGAAGGAAGGAUGAGGCAUUGUGGGGGGUUGGUGAUUGAGGAGGCGAUUCAUGGGUUUGAUAAACGGCCAACGUUUUGCUUGGGGGAUGAGGCUAGGGAUCAGAUGUUUGCGGAUGCGAAUGAGGAGUUGGAGAUUAUGUGGAAAGUGGAGCAUUAUUCGCAAAAGGAGAUUGAACAAGCAUAUAGACAGGGCUGA